CAAAUGCCUUAGCGCCAAUUUUCUACCAUUUUCGGAUUAUUUGAAAUUGAGAUAAAAUGAGCUAACAGAAAUCCUGCACUGUUCUACGAUUUCUAUAUUUGUGCUUGGUUAUCCGAAUCGGUAGUUAUUAGCUGAUCGACAACUAUAUUUAUCUGCAGGAUGAAGAGGGUGGUGUGCCAGUGCCAGUGCAGUGCUGAUAGAAUCAGCAAUCUUCCCGGCAACUUAGUACAGCGCAUUCUCGUGUUCUUACCAAUCAAAGAUGCCGCCAAAACAAGUGUCUUGUCAAGCAAAUGGAGGGAGGCAUCGGUGGAGAAGUAUUCCUCAACUUGUUUUUGAUGAUCGUUUUGCUAAAACAUAUAAAGAGGCUGAAUAUGGAUCCGACAUGGAGAGUAAGCUUCCAAUCCUGAACAUCUACAAGGCUCUCCUCCUUCUUCAUGAUGGGCCAAUAACCAAGUUUGAGCUUUCUAUCCCUGAAUUAGUGUCCUGCGAUGACGAGAUGGACCUCAUCGUUCUUUACCUUUCCAAUAAAGGUGUCCAAGAGUUUACCCUCCGGUUCCGGAGUCUUGACAUUUGGCAUAAUUAUCCGAUGCAUUCUUCUCUGUUUUCUUCUGCACUUGACCUGAAAUCCCUGGAACUUGAGAACUGUCAAUUUACACACCGCCACCUUGGUUUGACGGGUUCAGUAAGCUUACCCGUUUUCGAAUACAAGAUUCCGCUUUGCCUCACCACAAUUUCCUUGCCAAGUGCCCAAUGUUUGAAUAUCUGAGUGUUGUAGAUUGGGAGAGUCCUCCUGAUAACCUUGAGAUCGUGUCUCCAUCUCUCAAAUCCUUACAGUUAGUGAGGAUGAGGUGCGGGCUCCUCAAGGUCAAGGGUAUCUGCUUCAAGGAUACUCCCCUUUUGUCAUCUGUCCAACUUUUUUUCCAUGAUACCGACACGCUUGACUUGGCAACUGUUUUUGCUUCUAUUCCAACAAUCCGAAAGUUGGGGACGAACGAUGUAUUACUGCAACACCUUACUGCAGGUCCUAGAAAUGUCCCCUCCGGGCUUCCUUCUCCUCUUCACCAGUUAGAAGUCCUCGAAAUUAUUGACUUUGACUAUAGUCUGGACUGGGAGCAUGGUUUUGUUUGUUUGAUCAUGAGUUCGCCAAACCUGCGUAGGCUCAAACUUCAGCUGUAUCGUGACGAGAGAAAGAAUGCAGUCAGCAACCUAGGGAGUUCACAAUUGAGGAUAGCUGUGGUACACAGGUUGAGCUGGACCUUGUGAGGUUCGUCCUAGCCACUGCCCCUCUGCUUCGACUGGUUCACAUUAUAGCUGCACGUAAUUUGAGCUCUAAAAAGGUUACGAAAUUUACGAGGGAUGCGUUGAGCUACAACUACAAGCGUGUUUCUAAAGAAGCAGAGUUUAUAUAUAUUAAUCCCUGCGAUGAUAAGUAUAUAUGAGUAGGAAUCUGUGGCCUUUGCCCUUUGGAAUUAGAACCCUUGAACUUGUGUUUUUCACAAUUGCAAUUUUGGUUAUACUAGCACGUAUAGUCAAAUUAAGCAAAACUUUUGCACUUCCACCAUCAUCCUUCAUGGGUCACCGGGAAUCGAAUACAAGACCUCUCGGUCACAGAAAACUUUGAUACCAUGUCAAGAACCAAUUGAUCCCAAUAACUCGAAUUGUUGAGAGAGGUUCAAUCGUGUAUCAUAUACUACACACUAACACGCAAUGCACCCCAAUUUCCAUCCAUUUGCAUGGGCAGGCAGCAGAUCCAUAUAUUGCGUUUGAAGAAGCAGCGUUAAUCUUCUCAUUAAAAUCAAAUCCCAGCUUUCUGUAUCCAUAUCCUUCUGGUCUUUGUUGUUGUCUCUUUCUUGCAAAGUUAAUCUUCAUCUGGAUUUGUUUGCACCGAACCGAACAAUGUUCUUGAUCAACUAAUCAAUCUUCUAGGGACGA